AAGAGUAAAAAAAUGAUAAUACGUUAUGUGAUUGGAGGUCCUUCGGAGGACGAGGAGAAUAGUGAAAAAUUAGAUAAAAUAUUGGAUGAAGAACAAGAACAAUUUGGUGAUUUGAUUCGUUACUAUAAUAUAAUGGAAGGCUACCAUUUUUUGCAGUUUAAGACAGGUGUUGCUUUUCAAUGGCAACAAAAAUGGUGCACUAAUGCAGAAUAUGUAAUGAAAAUUGAUGAUGAUACUAUCAUUGAUUUGCCUCGUUGGGCAUUCUGGAAUGAAAACAAAUUUAAAAAACAAUUGAAUAAAACAAGAACUGGCCUAGCAUUUUUUGGAUAUUUAAUAGAUGAAUCACCUACAAUAAGGGAUAAAACGAAUAAAUGGUACUUAUCGGCACAGAUUUGUUUUGUGUGA